AUGGAACCCGAUAAUCGACUUUUCCAGUCGUGCAAAACUGCGUACAAUCUCGUUCAGAGUUUCCAAAACGAUACACAGCCGUGGGGCUUGAUCUCGAAGAGAAGACCCGGCUACGAGUAUGAUGCAAAAUUGCGGAGAGAAGUGAAGGAGAAAAUUAUAGAAUCUUUAAACGUAAUAGAAACAGCAUUGGAACGCCAUGGGCUCAGGGAGAUUGCAAUAUCGUACAACGGAGGAAAGGACUGUCAGGUCAUGUUGAUUUUGAUUUUGUCGAGUAUAUACAAGAAGUAUCAGCAGGGGGGUGGAUCACUGGUUGGUGCAGCUAUCUUAGAUCCGAAGUACAAGCUCGACGCCAUAUACAUCAAUUCUGAAGUUCCCUUCCCGGGAGUAUCCACUUUUAUAGAAGAGUCCACAGCCCAGUACGGUUUGAACCCAGUGACAAUCAAAUCAUCGUUGAAGGAAGGAUUUGAAACUUAUCUUUCGGCCAACCCGAAUAUCAAAGCCAUAGUUGUAGGGAUACGUCACUCAGAUCCAUUUGGGUCUACCUUGAGUUCUGAACAGGAAACAGACGGCGAUUGGCCCAGGUUCCUAAGAAUCCACCCAAUUCUUAGUUGGGAUUUUGUGCAUAUAUGGGAUUUCUUGAUAGGAUGUGACUUGGAGUACUGUCCAGUGUAUGACUUGGGCUACACCAGUUUGGGCGGGAAGAAUAACACUAGCCCAAACCCUUACUUGAGGAAGAAAGACGAUCCAAGCAGCUACUUACCAGCUUACAUGUUAAAGGAAGAUGCUGACAAUAGAGAAAGGAUUGGAAGGAACAAAAAGCAAUAG